AAGGGAUUGCGGUCAAAUUUUCUGAUAUGUCUGGAAGAGGAAAAACGGGUGCGAAAGUCCGUACAAAGACCAAGACACGUAGUGCACGAGCUGGUCUACAGUUUCCUGUUGGCCGUAUUUUACGGCUUUUGCGAAAAGGCAACUAUGCUGCCCGAAUUGGUUCUGGAGCUCCGGUGUAUUUAGCCGCUGUACUCGAGUAUCUUGUUGCUGAAGUACUGGAAUUGGCCGGCAACGCAGCUCGCGACAACAAAAAGGCCCGUAUAAUGCCUCGUCAUCUGCAACUUGCCGUUCGCAACGAUGAAGAGCUCAACAAGCUCUUUGGUGCCGUGACCAUCGCCCAGGGCGGCGUCCUGCCGAACAUACAAGCCAUUCUCCUCCCGAAGAAGACCGGCCAGGCCGCUGCAGGGAAGGCAAAGUCUGUGGAUUCCCAGGAAUAUUAGA